UUUACACUUUACGAUUGAUAACAAUUCAACUAGCUGGAGAUCAAUGUAUAUUUUGCUGUAUUGCUUGUGUUUAUUUUUAGCAGCAAAAUUGUACUGGCUGUGCUCUGCAGUGCCAAUGGCAAUGCAUUGGAUAUUACAUGCCCUUGCCUUGUAAUUGUAAUUUCUCACACGAGGCCUCAAACCCUCUGUCUCUUCGUACAUCCACUAGCCUGGUUAAAUAUCGCAGGCUACGCCAUGGCAUUACUAGAUAAAAAUAAAUAAAAUACAUGCAAUAUAUAUCAGCUAAUCUGAAAAAUCGGAGUAGUGCUUGCAAGGCUGUUGGGUUGCUAAGUCAACUGAAGUGUGGACCGACGUCGAUGCGAAGGCAGCUAUCUAGCUAUCCAUCUAGAUGGACCAGCAGGCCCAGUCCUAUAUGCUUGCCAGUCUGACACGGCCCCACUCUGAGCAGCUGUUGCAAGGUCUCCAGCUGUUGAGGCAGGACCAUGAGCUGUGCGACAUUGUGCUGCGUGUGGGUGAUGCCAAGAUCCACGCUCACAAAGUGGUGCUGGCAAGCAUCAGCCCCUACUUCAAGGCCAUGUUCACAGGCAACCUGUCAGAGAAAGAGACCUCUGAGGUGGAGUUCCAGUGCAUCAACGAGGCUGCGCUACAAGCCAUUGUUGAAUACGCCUACACUGGCACAGUAUUCAUCUCACAGGAAACUGUUGAGACCCUACUGCCAGCUGCUAAUCUGCUCCAGGUCAAGCUGGUGCUAAAGGAGUGCUGCUCCUUCCUAGAGAGCCAGCUAGACGCUGGGAACUGUAUAGGCAUCUCCCGCUUUGCUGAGACCUAUGGCUGUCACGACCUCUGCCUGGCCGCAACCAAAUUCAUUUGCCAGAAUUUUGAAGAGGUCUGCCAGACAGAAGAGUUUUUUGAGCUGACGCGGGCAGAGCUGGAUGAAAUAGUGUCAAACGACUGUCUAAAGGUGGUGACUGAAGAGACUGUGUUUUAUGCCCUGGAGUCAUGGAUCAAGUAUGAUGUGACUGAGCGACAGCAGCACCUGGCUCAGUUACUGCACUGCGUUCGCCUUCCUCUCCUAAGCGUUAAGUUCCUCACCCGCCUCUAUGAGGCAAACCACCUGAUCCGGGAUGACCACGCCUGCAAGCACCUGCUCAACGAGGCCCUCAAGUACCAUUUCAUGCCUGAGCACCGGCUCUCCUACCAGACGGUGUUGUCUACGCGGCCACGCUGCGCCCCCAAGGUGCUCCUUGCGGUGGGAGGCAAGGCUGGACUCUUUGCCACCCUCGAAAGCAUGGAGAUGUACUUUCCUCAGACGGACUCGUGGAUUGGGCUUGCCCCUCUGAGUGUACCCCGCUACGAGUUUGGGGUGGCGGUGUUGGACCAGAAGGUGUACGUAGUCGGCGGCAUCGCCACACACAUGCGGCAGGGCAUUAGCUACCGGAGACAUGAGAGCACUGUGGAGAGCUGGGACCCUGACAGCAACACGUGGUCCACGGUGGAGCGCAUGGCGGAGUGUCGCAGCACACUGGGGGUGGUGGUCCUGGCCGGGGAGCUGUACGCUUUGGGGGGCUACGACGGCCAGUACUACCUACAGUCAGUGGAAAAAUAUGUCCCCAAGGUGAAGGAGUGGCAGCCUGUGGCACCCAUGACCAAGUCACGCAGCUGCUUUGCCACCGCGGUGCUGGAUGGCAUGGUCUACGCCAUCGGGGGUUAUGGCCCUGCCCAUAUGAACAGUGUGGAACGUUACGACCCCAGCAAAGAUGCCUGGGAAAUGGUAGCCCCUAUGGCAGACAAACGGAUCAAUUUUGGGGUUGGGGUCAUGCUGGGAUUUAUAUUUGUGGUUGGGGGACACAACGGAGUGUCACACCUGUCCAGCAUUGAGAGGUAUGACCCACACCAAAACCAGUGGACUGCCUGUCGGCCCAUGAAUGAACCACGCACGGGGGUUGGCUCAGCCAUCGUGGACAACUACCUCUAUGUGGUGGGAGGUCACUCAGGAUCCUCCUACCUGAACACUGUCCAGCGCUAUGACCCCAUCACAGACAGCUGGCUGGACUCGAGCGGCAUGAUGUACUGCCGCUGUAACUUUGGCCUGACUGCUCUUUGACCCAUGGCACCCCUCUAGGGUAGGACUCCUCAAGAGAAGACUUAGACGAAAGGCUUUUCUUUUUGUUUUGUUUCCCCUAUUCAUCGCCUGCGAGCUAAAGAGGGCUCCCUGGAACCCAGAGAGCAGGAGAGAGGGCUUGCGGCUGGAUCGGUCUGCCUGGUUGUGCCAGGGGUCCACUGAGGUGGCCAGAAUGAGAAGGGUCUGGCCCGGGUGGAGGAGCGGGGGGCAGACCAACGUGGAUCUUGUCACAGAGGAGAUGACCACUACGGCUGCUGGACCGCAACGAGGACUCUGAGCCAUUUAACUAGGGGCUGGGGAAGAACACUGUCACUUUUGUUGUGGACUCACUUUUUGCGUUCAUGCCAUUAUUUCAGAUUCACACUCCAGACUUGCUUUUGGUUGUUUUUGCUAUGAGCAGAACAUGUUCCGGUUUUCUAGAUCCUUAAACUUUGUGCGCGUGUGAACUGUGUGAGUGCGUGGCGCGGAGUGUCUGUAUGCUUGUGAGUAGAUGCAUGUCAGAUUAAAUGAUUGUUCUUUAGUGUCUGUGUGCAGGAUUACAGCUCAGGCAAGGUGAUUGGUUCACACACUGAGUUCGAAAUGUCUGCAGAUAAAUCAGUGCUUCACAAAGAGAAAAAUCGGAAUCUUUAUAUAUUCACUUAAAAAGGGCUGCCUUUUUUCUCUGUUGUAAAUAGUUUAAAUUAAAAGACAUAGAUAUGAAUAUAUCCUAGUGCAUUGCCUGUAAAUGUUUUCUGCACUGGGUUACUAGUUAAGGGAUGUUUGUUUGCGUGUGUACAUAUGUCUUUGAGUCAAGAAGGAGAGGUGAGGAAGGAUAAACAAACCCAUUGAAUUCUCCUGACAGUACUUGCCACCUGUCUCAGUUUUCAUCCUUUGAGCCUUUUGGAUAUAUCCACGUUACAGCAUCUUGUGAUUGGGUCACACUUCAUCCCUCUUCAUAGGCAUUGAAAAGAGAUCAUGUCCCUUUUUUUCACUGCUGAGUUUAUACAAAAUACUAACUGGUGCUAUAUUUAGGAUUCAGGAUUCAGCUUGUCUGUCUGUUAUGAGGAUUGAGUUGUUCCUUCGUUGUUGUUGUUGUUGUUGUUGUAUAGCCCAUAUGCCAUAAAGCAGUGUCACGCUGGAAGGUAACUAGCUGGAGUACCAUAAACUUUACUUUUAGCCUAAUGUGAAAUGGGACUUUUUAGGCACUGUCAAUUGAUAUAAAACUGUCCUGAUGCUUGUGCCCCAGGGAUUCUGUUUAGCUAUGUUUUGUUUGGAAAAACUGCCCCUUCAUUUAGAAGUACUCGAUCUGCUUGUUUGGCUGCCCACUUCCUGUAUCCUUACUAGGAACGUCUGUGAGAUUGUCUUGUCCCUUACCCAUUAGAGAACACUUUCAGCAUGAAAUGACACCUACACCCUCUAUUCUUGCUUGCCACGUCUUUGUUGAAGCAUAUUAGGAGCGGCAUGCGGCCAAGGCCUUCCUGGCAAGCUCAGGGAAGUGUUCACAUACACAGCCUUGUGAGAAGUGCCAAAAUAUGACCUGCUUUCACAAGUAACUUUCCCACCUCCUGAGAUGCAAAGGGCCACACCCCUUGUUCCAAAAUAAAACCGGUUAUUUUCAACCGUAUGCCAGGACUGGACAUGCUGCCGAUGUGAAGCACUGAGGGCUGUGUUGUCUGUGAAGAGAGAUUUUCACUCCCAAACUCUUUGGCCACUAAGAGACACAUGGCAGACAGACAAGGGCAGGUAGUCGUAGCUCAGAGCUGCCCUGGAUGAGAUGGCUGCAAGCAGAGCCUGGGAGUUGUAGUCGUGGGCCAUGCCAAAGGUCCGGUAACAUAAGCUAUAUAAAGAGUUAAUGUUAUAUCAGCCUUAGAAUCCCUGUUUUGGGUCCAGAUUGGAAGGUUGCUUCUUGGUAUUGUACAGUACACAUAGAUGGUUGCACAUGUACUAAAGUUACACAGCUCUGCAUUGCACUUACCAAACUAUUUGAUGAGUUGAAUCAUUUCAUUUUGUACACAGGCAUUGGUUUAAGUUACUGGCAUUUAUACAAUGCAAUAAUAUUGUUUUUCAGGGGACAAUUUUUGCGUUGAAGUGAGCCUCUUUAAAAGCCAAGGCAUAUCAUAUUGCAGUGAGGUUAUUGGGCUUGUUUGUUCUGAAUUAUACUGUCUGUUGGGGCCUAUCAAAUCUGUCUCUUGUUUUCUCCAUCCCAGUUUGCAUUUUCUCUUGUCUUUGGAGCCUUUUAUAGUGUUGAGCAUGCCAGUUCAAAUGAACUAGGAAUUACUUGCAGACAGAAUCAAAUGGAUUGUACUCCCCCAAAAAACACAUUUUGUCUUGUGAUCAGACUGUAUGGGUCUUGCUCUCAUCUGUCUCACCUGUGCGCUUUUCCAUUUACACACUUGUCAGUUUUCGUGUGGUUACAAUUGUCUAGCUCUUACCCUAAAUGUUAACUUAGAUUAAAGCAAUGAUAAGAUCUAGGGCACCCCCCUAAACAAACAUUUUAAGACUAUCUAGUCUUGCUUCAGCAAUAAUAGACCAUUGUCAGCACAGUAUGAGAGCUUGCCUGAAGUUCUCUCUUUCAAGAAUUUAUUUUUGAAAUGUUGAGGGUGUCUUGGGGUAGUUCCAUUGGCUUCAAGGUGAAUUCAUUUCUAACAAGUUGAUUCAUCAUUUGAACUGCUGCUGCUUUUUUCACCCUGGAAUUGUCACUGUCCUGUUGAAAACCUCCCAGUAAUCUGUUUUCAAAAAAGUUUUCUCUCCCAUUUAUUCAUUAAGAUGCUAUUCAUUCACAAUAGGAUGUAAGUAAAUAGUGAGCCAUUUCAACUGUUUGAUGUUAAAGCUCCUAUUAUAUUGUAGACUAUGAAAUGAUUGUAAUAUCUUCUCAAAUUUUAUGACUGAAUGCAAAUCUGACAUUGCAAAAAGCAAACAAUUUGGCAUCCUUUCAUAGAUCUUAAGUUAAUUUCAUGGGACAUUUAUUUAAAAUGGAACUAAUACUCUUACAUUAGCCAUUUUGUUGAAGUCUUUCCAUUAAGAUGUAUCCUCCUUUAAUUCUUUAAGUAUAUUAGGCACUUCUCUAUCCACAAAGUAGGAAGGAUGAGCCUGAAAGUCAGAAUCACGCAGGCCGUGAUUGUCGGCAGCAGCCAUCCCUUGUCCUUUAUGUUACCAGCAUAUAGAGAGAAGUUAUCCUUUUGGGGAUAUUGGACCUGAGUUUAAAGGAUGUAUUUAUACUGACUUAUUCUUUUGCAGGGGAAAUUUUGGCCAUAUGGAAUCUGAAAACGUGAAACUGCAAAAUGAAGGGACGGUAAAUUAAGUUCAUUAUUUUUAUGGCCUAACCAUGUCUUGUUUUGCCACCACUCUCACCAAAGUGCUUGUUUUACUAAAGAAUGCAGAGGGAAUACUAAUAUCAAGUUGGGAAAAGACUGCAAGGUCACUAUUGUCUCGUCUGGGGGGAAAAUUCCUUUUGAAACUGAUGUCAAUGUUAGCCAAAUUACCACUGCUUCUACUACGUUUUCCAUGAGUGUCUGAACUGUCUGAAUUAAGGUGAUAAUCUUGAAUUUUAUAUCCUGUGGAUUACUACUGGAACCUUCAUGUAGAAGCAGUAUUUUCCCCCCUCCAUAUUUUAUCAUGCUUUGAUUGAACAUACCUUUUAGACAGUUACUUUGUGUGGUGCAGUUGUACCCUGUUAAAAUUAAUAAAUGCCUGCCUUAAAAGGUAUGCUUUGUUGUU